AUGGUGUUGGCAAAUACGUGGCAUGAAAGCUCCAGCUCGAGUGCGACGCGGGGCAGCUCAAGCUUUGAUGGCGACGAAAGCACGACGGCCUCGUCUUCACAGCGCGUCUUCACCUCUGAGCCGCUGCUGGAACUCUACUACAACUACUUUCACGGGUCACAUCCAUGUGUCCUCCCUGCACAGUUCUUUGUGGUCCGGAUGCGAGAGAAUCCACCUGGGAUGAAGUUGCUGCUCAGCGUCAUGCGGUUCAUCGGCUCGCUCUACUCACCCAAGGUGGACUCAGCGCCGCUCGAGAACCAGAUAACCGCUGCCAUGGCGGAAACGCAGCCGUGGACAAGUGGGUACGAGAUCCAAGCGCUGGUCCUGUACUCGAAUGCCGUAUUUUGGUACGACAAUAUCCCCAAGUCUGAAGAGCUGCUCAAGAUGGCGGCCUACAAGGCGGUGGCCAUUGGCAUGAACCUCAAGGGCUAUGCAUCAGAACACUCCGGCGGCGACCCUGUGCUGGCAGAGAGCUGGCGCCGAACAUGGUGGCAACUCUAUUGUACCGAUCUGCACGUCGCCGGUACCAACCACAACGAGACCAUCUACACAAGCCAGAGAGAAGUCGCUUGCACGGUGGACCUUCCCUGUGAAGAGUCUGAAUACGCAUCAGGGUGCAUCCCCCCCGUUCCAAAGACCAUGGAGGACUAUGACAAUCGAGAAUUCGAUACAAGUGAUGAUCCCGGCGAUUUCUCUUCGUAUGGCUACCUGGUGGGCCUCUUGCGAAGUUUUGAUCACGCCGUGUACAGGCUGGCUCGUUCCUCGGAAGCCAACGUCAAGGAAGUGUGCAACAAUACGGACACAUGCAUCGCGGCGUGGGUCUCGCUGCUCUCCCAAGGCAAGCGGAAGCUCUUCCGGGAGGAUGGAACCUUUGAUGAGCUUCUCUUCAAAGGCCAUACCCUCCUUCAUGUAUAUACCGUCGAUGUGCACAGGCAACUGUCCACGUUGACAUACAACCCGAUUGAAAGCACCUCGUCAUGUUCUCCGCGCCCGCCUCCGGAGCGGUUGGAGGACAUUUAUUACAGAGAAGCACCGCUGCAUACCGCCAAAAUUCUGUCAGCCAUUGAGCAAAUGACCAAAUUGCUGGCACUCCCCACCAACAUGUCCCUUCACACGCCCUUCACGAUUUGCAUGAUUGCCACCAUCACCAUUGCGCACCUCUCUGCCUGCAAGUACCGCCUGCGCGGCCCGCAGCUGCAGCUCGGGCGCGAGCGCAUCCGCGUCGCCGUAGGUGCCCUGGAGACCUUUGCGGAAACAUGGCCUAGAGGGAAAAAGGUCUUGCGCGAGAUCAAGAUCAUCGCCAAAGAGUUGCUUCGUAUUGGGCCGGAGAACUCUGCCAACGUCUCGCAGCCAGAGCUGUGCUCGACGGAGAUGAUUUACGCGCAUGCGUUUGGCAACAGCACCAUAACUGGGAUUGAGUAUCUCAUUUCCGGUGGCGAUUCGGGUUCCUUUGACAGCACGGCCAUGUCCGCCCCGCGCCUCGGCUCGGUGGUCAGCGACACGGGCGUCAGCAAUUACUAUUCCAUGGACUUUUUGAACUUUGUGCAGGCGGACAAGGACAGCUAA